AUGCCGAACGGGGAGCAAGAGCAGUAUCAGGAAGGAGAAGAAAGUGGAGGCGAAAGCAUGGAUUGGCAGUCUGAUGGAGGAGAAGAGGAGGAGGAAAGCGAGGACUCGAGCAGUGGUGAAGAAGUCGAGUCACCACCUCACAACGAAAGGCGCUCCAAGCAUAAGCACGACCCAACAAGCAUCUCUGGCAACGUGGCUAAGCCGACUAGACAGACUUCCAAGCACACUCGGACCUCUUCCCCUGUGCUGACUGAGAAGGCUUCAAAGCAGCCCAAAGUUGCAGCGUCGAAGUCUCGGAAGACCCUGCCCAAGAUCAAGAUCGAUGUCCCUGUCACUUCUGCUGCUGCUACCUCUGGGACAUCUGCUUACAGAGAUGGUGACGAGGUAAUGGAAGACGCAGUCACUUCCAACACGGCUCCUCCCAAUGUCAUUGAUCUUCCAGAUGACGACGAGGAUGUGCCGCUAAGGCCCAUGGGAAGGAGAAGCAGGAAGAUAUCAACUGGCAAGGUGCCUCAGUCGACGCCGGUGACGGAACCGGUGAUCCAGGAGACCGGCGAUGCCAACCGGGCUUCCAAAUCUUGUGAACUUGGAGCUCAUUUUGCUGACCUGGAGCAGAAGCAGAUUCAGCUCAAUCUCGAUUUGGAGUUGGCCAAGACGAACUUGCACAAGGCCAAGGAUGAAGCCGCUGAAACAAUGAACCAGGCUCAGGCGAAGAAGGAUCUAGACCUUGCAGCUGCGCAAAAGGCAGCAGAAGAGAAAACCGCACUCGCCGACCAGAAGCUUGCUUCAGUCGAUAAACUGGAAGAAGAGAACGCCAAGCUGAAGACUGCCCUGGAUGAAGCCAACAAGGAGGCGACUCGUCUGAAGAAGGACAAGAGGGCCCUGACCGACAAGGUAGAAGACAUCGCCCGCAAGAGGGAUGAGCUGGAGAAUUAUCUGGGAGGACUUGCCAAGAAGUUAUUCAUUAUGCUUGAAGUCGGUAAACUGGAAGAAGAGAACACCAAGCUGAAGACUGCCCUGGAUGAAGCCAACAAUGAGGCGACUCGUCUAAAGAAGGAUAAGAGGGCCGUGACCGACAAGGUAGAAGACAUCGCCCGGAAGAGGGAUGAGCUGGAGAAUUAUCUGGGAGGACUUGCCAAGAAGUUAUUCGUUAUGCUUGAAGAAUUUUGCCAGAACUUCGAGGAAGAGACCGGGCGAAUUGAGACGAGCUUAGACCCUAUCCUCUCUACUGUUAAGGACGAAGCUGCCAUGAAUGUGCUCCGACUAGAAUCUCGUGUCACUGGUGUUGUCGACUACCUUGCUCGGCUGAAAGUUGCGGUGUCGCGAAUUGACACAUCACUCUGGCCAGGGGCGACGCUCCAAAAUUACCUCGAGUCUCUGAUCACUCGACUCAAUGAGGUCCCUGCUCUAAGGAGAAGGUCGCAGUCGACCUGCACCUCGUCGUCCUUGCGGAUUAGGACGGAGCGUACAUUAUAUUUAUUGCGCAGCUCUGAGGAGAAGGUCACCGUCGACCAGCACCUCGUCGUCCUUGCGGAUUAG